GGGAGAACAUCGACCUUGUGCUCGUGCAGGACGUUAUGGUAGAUGCUGAACUGUACUUCAAGUCUGUCAAAGAGUUCACGCUCUGAAUCGCUAGGCUCCUCAGGCAGUUCGGGUACUGUCAGACGGUCUAGAUCAAAUGACGCGAAGCCAACAUGAUCGGUAGCAAGCAAGCCGAGUGAUAUAAUUUUAGUGAAGCUGAUCGGAGGUCUUGGAAUGUCCAUCAUCCUAGCCUUCUGGGCGAUGGCUGCCGCUAAAUCUUCACGAACGCCGGAGGGAGGCUCUAUCUCUGGCGACAGGAGUUCCAUGGUUGCAAGUUGCUCUCCGAUGGCGGAGGCCAAAUCGUCGAACUUCUUUUGGCCGCCAUUGCUUCGAAUCCAGUAGAAGUCUAUCUCAGAAUCGAUGAUUGAGAGGAUGACCUCCAAUAAGGCGGGAUGGGCGCUUCGUUUAAUCUCGUCUAGACUUUGGCUGCUCUGCAAGAUGUCGCUAUGGUCGCUGAACGCUCUCGGGCUGAAGAUUGAAAGCUCUGCAUACAGUGGUAUCUUUCUCAACGGCAUGCCAUCUUUCUCCUCGACGACGAAAACUUGCAAGCGCUUUUGGUGGAAGUCUAACAGCUUCAAUGCCUUCGUGGCGAUCUGAAUAUCUGCUGGAGCCAUCUCGGGCAUUUGUUACGAACCCAUGGACAGAUGUGGGCACGGGAAAACAUGUAGAAGCUUACCAGGCCACUAAUUUGCGUCAGGCGUGGCAUUUUAUUGUAGCAGCUGUUUCUGACCCACAGCAGGGGCGUUCACAUGGCUUGAGCCUGAAGGAGAUGCCGGACUCCAUGACGUUCGUAUAUUCAACUAUGGAAUAAUUAAAUGGUUACAUCGCCAACACCUCUCGGC